AUAUCUAUCGUGUUACACGUCAGCUUUCGUGCCGGAUUUGUAUACUUGUAAAACUUACCUCUUUCAAUCUAUUUAACUCAUAUUUAGCUACCAUGAAUCACGUUAGUUUUGUCGUUUUAUUGUUGGUCGGAUGCACAAAUGCCUAUUACAUGACGAUAGACGCUCAUGCUGAAGAAUGCUUCUUCGAAAAGGUUUCAGCAGGAACAAAAUUAGGUCUUACAUUUGAAGUAGCAGAAGGUGGAUUUUUGGACAUUGACUUCAACAUUGUUGGUCCCAAUGGUCAGACGAUUGAGUCUGGUGAACGUGUGAGCAAUGGAAAGUAUGCCUUCAAAGCAGAUAUGGACGGAGUGUACACUUACUGCUUUUCCAACAAAAUGUCUACAAUGACUCCCAAGAUUGUCAUGUUUACCAUUGACGUUGGAGAGCCUACUGCUGAACUUCAUCCAGAUGCAGCCAAUGGAAAUCAUACCAAGCUGGAAGAAAUGAUCAAAGAACUCUCAGGCGCCCUGCGAACAGUGAAACACGAGCAGGAUUACAUGAAUCUGCGUGAACGCGUUCACAGGACCAUCAACGAAAGCACAAACUCGCGAGUUGUGAUGUGGUCAUUUUUCGAGGCCUUUGUCCUAUUGACCAUGACUGCCGGUCAGGUGUAUUAUCUCAAGAGGUUUUUCGAAGUCAGACGAGUGGUUUGAUCAAUUGAGAAUGUCCAUCCAAAAUAAAUUUGUGACUCUUGUGUAAGUGAAUAAGGUUUAAAUAAACAUGAAUUUCAACCAUCAUUAUCAUUGAUUCAAAUUCAACGCAUAUUGUUGCUGGUAUUGAUAUCGUGUAUUGUAUGCAUGUCAACAAUCAACAUUGGUAUACAGCAAGAGUAAGUAAACUUACUAAAUCAUCUACCAGCUUUGAAAACACUCAAAUGGACCGAAGAUGAUUAUUAUAGUGAAUGAGCUAUUAAGAAAAGACUACAAUCUCAAGCCCCAUCGGUAAUCUUCGUUCAUUUUUAUCUAAACACUGAUAAAGAAGUGAAAA